UAAGGAGACGGGUAAGCGCGGGAAAUUCCGAACUCCCAGAAGUGCGAAAAAUGAAAUUUCAAAUAUGGUUACUUUUCGGUAGAAAAUGAUGAAAUUAUAUCGAAGAUGUUUAGCUUUAUUUUGGCCAUUUUGUGGAUAAAAAGAUAAUAUAAGUUAGCGGAGUGUUCGUUUAGAAAGAUGAGUAAAUUAGAACACGAGGUAGGAUGAAAGAAAACGCUAUUUUUUAUCGCCAAACUUGUUGUUGUCAUUUCAUGUGUUGUAAAAUUUGUUUGUGUAUACUGAGGUAUAAAUUUUGGUAAUAAAUGUUCAAUAUAUGUUGUGUAUUGUAUUUUAUGUUGAACUAAACGUUUAAUUGAAAGUGCUUUUACUUUAAAAGUUGAUAUAUAUUAAAUUGUCUGUAUGAGUGGGGAAAUGUUGAGUUUAAUAUUAUGACAGUUCCUUGCGAGGUUCCUUGCUAAAUUUCGAGUCUGUAAGUGGGCACAUUAUAUCUGGGUUUUGAGAUUUCUGUUUAUUAGCCUUUCAGUGAAUUCAAGCUACUAAUUGUCAGUUGUGUGUAAGAUAUUUAUAAAAAUUAAGUCACUUCCAAAAUGCUGUUUCAGUGUUUGUCAGCUAUCAGUUGGGAUAUUUUGUCUGUUGUCAGUUUAUAAAUAUAAUGAAAUUAUCUGUAGUUAGUUACUACAAGUAAGUAAGUAACUGCUUUCAGAUGAUCUUGUUUAUUUCUGGCCAACAGUCAGUUACCUGCUGAGUUUGAAUGGCAAUGCCAAAUUGUACCACAUUUACUUUUAGUUACCCCCCCCCCCUGACAAUAUUAGGUUGAUGCAUGCUUAUGGAUGUCGUAGUGGGUGUGCAGGGCUGCCGAGAUGAGGGGGGGGGACACCAUAUGUCUAUUUUAAAGUCCCAGGCCCUACCGAUUGUAGGCACUAUAAUUAUUGCAAUCCUAAAAUUAUGUCACAGAGCGUGGGAAAAAUUUUGCGGCAGGGCAUUAGGGGUGCACCAGAACUGGUAUUUUGAGUCCUGGCUAGAUCCAUAUCUGGCUGGGAAUAACCUGUGAUCAGACCUUCAUUUUUCUUGUGGCGGGCCUGAUACCAAAUGUUAUUAAUAGUUUGUGUCCUACAACCGCCUGUACUGCAGUAGUGUAGCUGUGAUUGGCUAUUUCUAGCAUGAAUAUCAGCCAUAUUUAAUCAUUUUUUUGAUUGGUUACUACUAAUUAGGUAAUGAAUACAGUAUUUAGUAACUACAGCACUUGGACUGUUGCUGUUGACAUUUUUUCUUCUGGGACAUUUUGAUUUCAUACUAAAUAUAAAACUAUAUAGUGUGGAUGGAAAGUAUGUAAUACAGAGCAUGAUUGCAGGUUAGGCUGGAAGUUUAAAAAAAUCUAAUCAACUUUAGUUACUCCCAUGUAAGAAACUUCUAUACUUAAAAAUAUGAUAAAAUGGACCUCAAAGAGUUAGAAUGCUGAGGGAUGGAUCCAGCAUGAUCUGGUGGAGAGGAGGGGGGGGGGGGCUCUGCAAGCUCUUGUGCCAAGUUGUGUCGGCCGUGUGUGCCACCUGCCUAUCAACAUACUGUAUUUGAAUUGUAAUUGUUGUUUACAUUUCGCUUAUCAUCAUGUUAUUGCUCAAAUUACUGUAUCUGAUUUUGUCUCCAUUAUUUUUUGUUUUAUCAUGAAAAAAUAGCACCCCCCCUGCACAGCCCCUGGGCUAGGGGGAGGGGUGUACACAUCACCAGUAAAUUCAUUCCUGUUAGAAUGUAGGUUGUUCAAUCUUAGGUUGAUGUUUUACCAUUUACUUUUUUUUAAUGAAGACUGUAUUGUAACUAUUCUGGUUCCUGCAAUAGUUUUUCAUCAGUUCCAGCCCAAACCAGGGCUGUACAAAAUAAGGGUUACAAUUGGAAUACAUAUCUUGCACCACUAUAGUAGUAAAUCUGCCUCUGAGUCCAGCGCUAGGACAUUAAAGCCUGGUUUCCAUAUGGUCGUAACGGUCGUAAAGAUUGAGUCACGAUCUUUCUCAUCAGCCGAAAUACAACAUUUUACUGACAACUGAAAAUACGCGGAGUGAUUAUAACUAUAGAGAAUACUUAUGAUUUAUAUGUGGUUAACAGGUAUAAACUAUUAUAAACUGGCCGUUGAGAAAGUCGUGACUCUAUUUUUACGACCAUAUGGAAGCCAGACUUAAGGGAGACAAGAGGUUUUAUCAGAACUUUGAAAGAUCAGAAUUGAAAAAUCAGAAGUAAUGGUUUCAGGAUAUGGGCCUUUACUUUUAAAUACUGCAUGGGCAUGAAAAUGCGAAAUAUUUUUCAUGUCAAGCGGAAACUGUUGCUUCGCUAAUCGGUAUGAUAUAUAGAAAAUUGAGGCUGAGCUAGCUCUCUUUUCUUUGCUUUUUACCAAUAAAACUGCCUGGGUUCCCAUGCAUAUACCAGCUGAACGGUGACUGGACAAGUAUAGCCCUGUUCAAGUCGGAGACUAGGCUGGGUUUCAGGGUAAAGGGCACUUUUAAUACAUAACACUGGAGUCACUGACCAGCAUGGGUGGAGUCCCAUCCAAAAGGUGCCAUCCAGUGUCGGGAUUCAGUGAAUGGAAUGUUCCAAGGUGUUUUCAUUGUGUUUAAAAAUCCCACUGUUCACCAUACCAUUCCGAGUCACUAUUUUGACGUUCAUGUAAAGCCUGGUUUCUAUGUGAUCGUAACGGUCGUAAAAAUUGAGUCGCGAUCUUUCUCAACAGCCUAUAAAUACAACAGUUUAGAACUGAAAAUAGGCAGCGUGAUUAUAAAUAGAGAAUGCGUAUGAUUUAUAUGUGGUUUACAUGGUAAAAACUAUUAUAAACUGACCGUUGAAACCAUACAGAAACCUGACUUGAAAGGCCAUUACAAACGACACAUCACAAGUAUCACAUAUGCAACACUUUAGUUUAUAUGCCAUGACAUAUAUUAUUGUCCAUAUAUUUUCAGAUUGCGGCUAUUUGUAAUACUGAUGAAGGAGCAAACGAUUUGUUCCGUCGUCUGGAUGAGUUCAUUAAAAAUCGGCAGGCAAUGGCGAAACCUGUUCAGAUGGAAAAAAUCUUCGAACAAUUAAAGAAUGUUUUGAAAAAGGUUUGUGAACUUGAACUGUUUGUGCCAGUCUAGGUAGUGGCAAUAAUACAUACAUACAGAUAUUUCACAGCACACUCCCUAUCAGGGCUUUUCAGUGACUGGUUACAUUAUGAAUAGAUAGAUAGAACCGAACUGACGUGAAGCAGACCGAAGUAGACUUUGAGCUUACAAAUGGCGCUUGAGCAGCCGCUAUUAGUCCAUACCUCAUUAAUGAUCUGCCUCCAGACCUUAUGUGCCUAACCCACCCUGUCAACUUUCUCUGUGGGAGGAAACACGGAGUACCCGGAGAAAACCCACGACUUUCGGCAGAGCGUUGACUUACUCUUUUCACAUGAGGACUGGGUUCGAGUCACAUUGAGAAGUUCUCACCAGGGUUCGUACAAAACUUCAAAGUCCUUGAAUGUCCUUGAAUUUGUAAAGAAGUACUUGAAUGUCCUUGAAUUCUUCUUGCUUUAGUUUUUGGAUAUUUUCUGAAAUUGUUUGACAUUCAAGACGGGCAUUUUGUUGAACUGAUUUUGCAUUUUCAUAUCUGACCUCAUUAUAAAGUUACGUUUUGAACAAUUCAACGUCCGAUUUUGCUGAUUUCUAACACCUUCUUCAGUAUUUAGUCCUUGAAUUUGCUGACACACGGCCUUGAAUGUCCUUGAAAAGUCCUUGAAUUUGACUCUUCCUGACAUGUACGAACCCUAUCUCACUGAGGCUUGAACCUUAGAGGUGAAAGGCAAGUGCGCUAACCACUUCGCCACCGAAGCCCCAAUAUGAACAAGCUGUCGUUGGUAAGGAUGCAACUACCUUAAAAAUAUAAGGAGAAUUUCGACGUUUCUGGAAAACCAGGAUACAUUAUUUCUGAAACACAAAUCACACUACAGUAUGAAACAAAUUAGGUUUCUGAAUGGGAAAUAUUUUUGCUUCUUGCCAAUCCUGGUAUAUAUGCUUUCUUUCUCUAAUAAUAUUUUCGAAAGUGAAACGCAUAGAUAUCGUAUAUACACUAGAUAGCGCAUCUCUUUUAGUAAAAUUGAAGCCAUGAAUAUUACAGCGGUUACCCCCAUUCGAAUAGAUGGUGGCCAUGUUGGUAAUUCCCACUCGCUAUAACAAACGCUUAAAAAACAACAAUAAUUUUCAUCAUUUGAAUAGUUUAAAAAUGUAUUUGGAAUAGGUUUAACUUAAUGUUUAAGUUCCCUGUAUAAGAAAUAGAAAACAUGCGAAUCUUCUCAUUUCAUGGGAAUAUCCUGAGUCUGCAAUCACGGCUUCAAUUUUUGAAUUACAGAAUAAUUAGAUGCACUAUCUAGUGUAUAUAAGAUAUCUAUGGUAAAACGUUCGUGGAAAAAUCGUUAUUUUCAAAUGUAUUUGCGACAAUAUUUCCAAGAAUAUGAUUUGAAGUAUAAUAAUUAUACUGUAUAGUACGUGAAUUAUGUUAAUUUUUUGCCAAAUUUCUUGCAGGGUGUGAAAGGUCCAAUAAAAUAUGAGAAUUGUCUUCACAUUAUGGCGCAAAUUUCAUCUGCUAAUCCCGAAAUGUUCAUUGAUGGAGAAACGCCUCAAUUGAUACCAUUCUAUACCUUAGGCUUUAUAUACGUAUAUCUGUAUGUCUAUGCAUCAACAAUACUGACCACGACACAGCAAAAAAAUCAUUUUCUUAUUAUUAAGAAAACAAUUCUUAAUUUAAGAAAAUAUUUCUUAAAAUGAGAAACUAAUUUUCUUAAUAAGAAAAACGAUUCUUAAAAUAGGAAAUAUUUAAUUUGGGAGACAUUUUGUUCUUUUAUUUUUUCUUCAUAUCAAAUAAUUUUCUUAAGAAAAUAUGUUUUUCUUGUUUUAAGAAAUAGUUUCUUUCCGUGUUUUUCUUCGAACGAUUAAUUAAUUAAGUUAAUCUUACAAACAGGUUGGAGCCCGUUGAGGGUCAAGCCCCGUCAAGGGGUGCGAAGCUCCACGCCUUACGACUAUACAAAGCUCAAACAAAAAUAUCCUUUGGUUCCGGUUUUGUAUAUAUAUUCCUGAAAAAAUUAGGUCGGGGAAAUUAAAAAAAAUUUGGGGGGUUUACAUUGGUCAGCAUGGUACGAUUGCAUUGGCAAUUGCGCAUGCCACAACACAAACAUUUCAAAGAGCAAUAAAUGUGACGAAAGACGCAUUUUUCGCCUCACGUUUUCGCCAUAAGGCGAGCGACGAAAAAAAUAGGGUCAGUGGGUGAGCAAACAACCGUAACAUGAACAUUUAAAACAUAUUAGCACUGUUGAAUAUCCGGGCUUACCGAUCGAAAGCUUUGCAAUAAAUAUACGUGGUGUUUCCACAAACCAUAUAACUUAUAUUAUACUAUCGCCAUGCAAGACUACAAAGAGCGUAUGACAGAUUUGAAUGAUGUUAUGUUUUUGUGUUGUUUUUUUGUUUUCCUCAUUACAUUUUGAAGGGUUUUGAAAAAAUGCUUGUAUUGAAGUGCAGCGAUAAACACGAAUCAAGACGUAUUUCAGUGAUUGGCAACGUACUGGAAAUUGUGGCUGUAAGAUAUUACUUUAAUUCUUAAUCUUAGGCCUGAUUUGACGGAAAUGUCAAACGGUUUGGGGUGGGAUCCGUCGCCCCCGUUGAUCUUCCCUCCCCCCCCCCCCCCCCCCCCCCCCCCCCCCCCCCCUCCACCCUAUCGCACUGACUGUCUGAGCAGACUCUCUAAAUCGUAAAGUGAAUUUCCACCCUUGUUCUUAUUUCUUGUUUUACAUAUUACAGGCAAUAUCGGAUGUCAGCGAAGAUGGUGAGUGGAAACAAACUCAUUAAUAAUUCAUGAGUAUUUAGCCAACCGUAUUGCUUUAUUUCGCUCACAUGAUAAUACUGGAUACGUAUCCUGACGUGUCCAAAGGAGAAGUUUGCGCGUUAUUGGUUUGCCGGUGGACGCACUUCCUUCGAACUUUUUAACAAUAAACUUUAAAUUUUUAUUGUAAUUAGAUAUGUAGUUCAUAAUUUUAGAUUGAUAUUGUAAUAGGAAUGUUCGGUAUGAGAAAUUUCCGGUAUCGGUUACCGAAAAAAUUAUACCGAUAUUAUCAGUAUACCGGUUUUCCUUUGAUAAUUAUAAAGGAAAAUUCUUUAAUGGAAAUUUGAAGGAAAUUUUGAGUAAUUCUAAAAGGGAAAACGAUAAUUUUGAAGCUGUUUCGAAAUUUAAAUCAUUUCAUUAGAAAGUUCUUUGAAUUGCCAUUCAGUAGUAAAAUAAAGGUUAUGGUUUUGCCAUAUAGUUGGUAAAUGUAACACGGUAUACCGAAAAAUUCCGGUAUAUCGGAAAUUUCGGUAUAUCGGUAUGGCUGAAUAUCCGGUAUCGAUAUACCGAUAUUGAUUUAAUACCGAUAUUUUCGGUAUAUCGGUAUACCGAACAGUCCUAUAUUGUAAGUCCACUGUAUUUUUCUACCUAAGGUAGAUUAUCAUUGAGCUCUAUAUCAUUAUUAUAUUAUGUUGUUAUGAAGAUGAUACUAUGAUACGAUUGCAUUAUAUAGGUAAAUCCGCCGUUGUUGAUUUCGUCCUUCCCUGUCUGAACUUAUUGGCCGACAAGCAACAACAUAUCACAAUAAGAGUAGAGGUAAGGCUGGCUGGAAAGCUCUUCCGGCAGGGGAAGAUAAUUCAAGAUAAUUUAGCUGUACCUUAUUGAUACUCCGAUGAUUUUUGUGGCGUGGUUGGGCUGGUACAAACUUAAGACUAAAGGCGAACUUAAACCCCGGUCAAACGAGGAUGAGAGUUAGCAGUCACGCAUUAUUACGGGGGAAAUUUCAAGCCCUAGAUUAACAAAGUAAAGGUUUAAUGAGUGUUCCAACUAUGUUUUAACUUCAAUAGAAUACAUGAUAGUGUUGGGAAAGCAUUAAGAACAGCUGACCAAGGUCGCGUGAUUGACAGCUCUCAUGCACUCUCAUCCUCGUUUCAUCUGGGCUAAAGUCUUCAGCAAAGUUUUUCAAAAGAUAUCCAUCCUUUCAUCCACAAGAUAUCCAUCCUUUCAUCCAAAAGAUAUCCAUCCAAAAUAUAUUCAUCCUUUCGUCCAAAAGAUAUUCAUUCUUUCAUCCAAAACAUAUCCAUCCUUUCAUCCAAAAGAUAUCCAUCCAAAAUAUACUAUUCAUCCUUUCGUCCAAAAGAUAUUCAUUCUUUCAUCCAAAAGAUAUGAUCCAGAAUAUAUUCAUCCUUUCAUCCAAAAGAUGUUCAUUCUUUCAUCCAAAAGAUAUCCAUCCUUUCAUCCAAAAGCUUUUCAUCCUUUCAUCCAAAAGAUAUCCAUCCUUUCAUCCAAAUGAUAGCAUGAUCCAAAAUAUAUACAUCCUUUCAUCCAAAAGAUAUUCAUCCUUUCAUCCAAAAGAUAUCCAUCCUUUCAUCCAAAAUAUAUUCACCUCUCGUCCAAAAAAUAUCCAUCCAAAAUAUAUUCACCUUUACAUCCAAAAGAUAUCCAUCCUUUCAUCCAAAAGAUAUCCAUCCAAAAUAUUAUCAUCAUUUCAUCCAAAAGAUAUUCAUCCAAAAGAUAUCCAUCCAAAAUCCUUUCAUCUAAAAUAUAUUCACCUCGCGUCCAAAAAUAUCCAUCCUGUCGUCCAAAAGAUAACCAUCCUUUCGUCCAAAACAUAUCCAUCCUUUCAUCCAAAAGAUAUUCAUGCAUUCCGUAGUCUCAUCCCAUCCCUUGGCUAAUUUGAGCAAAAUGUAAGUACGCAUGCAGAUAACAAGAGUACCGCAUAUACCUAGUCAGUACGUGGUUCUUAGGUAUAAUAAUAUAUUGGUGUAUAACGUUAUGAUUCCGGCUCGAAAGGAAUAACUGGAUCAAGUGGUGUAAUCAGUUUGAGCUAAUAAUAACGAUUUAUUUUACGUUCUAUAGGCCAACCGGUUUCUCAAUGGUACGAUUGAAUCAUUCCUACGUUUAAAUAGAGAUCUUGAUUUACCGCAAUUGGCAUUUGUGUAA